AUGUCUGGUGUCCGUGUCUCAGACGCAGACCUUGGAAUUGGCAGUAAUCCUCCAGAGGGCAUCCUCAUCAUCCCAGUCGACGGUUAUAUAGACUUCAUGGAGUAUGUGGCCGCUCUCAGUCUUGUAAUGAGAGGCAAGAUGGAGCACAAACUGCGCUGGUAUUUCAGACUUUAUGAUGUUGAUGGCAACGGCUGCAUAGACAGACACGAGCUCCUGAAUAUCAUAAAGGCCAUCCGUGCCAUCAAUGGAAGUGAGUCGCAGGAAUCGAGUGCCGAGGAGUUCACAAACAGAGUGUUUGAUAGGAUCGACGUCAAUGGAGAUGGGGAGCUGUCGCUGGAGGAGUUUGUAGCAGGGGCACGUACUGAUGAAGAAUUUAUGGAGGUGAUGAUGAAGAGUUUAGACCUUUCGCACAUUGUGGCCAUGAUCCAUAACCGGAGACACAGCGUCUAAGAGACAGUCCACGGUCAUAUAUGCCACUUACAGUUCUCCUUUAGAGUCUCUUGAUCAGAAAACAAGAGCGACACACAACUGUCUAAUUCUGAAAGCACUUUAAAGCACAAUCACUUCAAACAGAGACUUGAGCUAAAGAGGUCAAGAGAUGAAAUUGGUGUGGGACGUCCCACAUCUAAUAAACUGACUGUUUCCCCAAAACAGCCUU